GACGGAUGCAGCUGAGUCGCUUUUCAAGCUGCUGUCUCCAGAGGAGAGGAAAUGCAUCCCCAAAGCCUCGGAGUUCCACUUCUGCGUGGUCUCAGCUCGCCGCGCGUCGACGGUCGAAGGUGUCCAGGACAUCUUCAAGGUCCAGUGCCAGUUUGAUGAGGCAGGAGUGGUGCCGACUUGGUACGUGGAUUCCGACAGCGUCAAGGAGUACCGCAAACUUGGCCUGCAGGCAGUCGAAGGCGGGCGCCUCUGCCCUUCGCGCAACAAGGCUCUGAAGGAUGCAAAUCUACUGGGAAAGAUUUGCGUCCAGGCUUCUGACGACAUUUCCGCGUGGGAGUAUCGACAUGGCAAGCGAGCUGCCAGCAGAGAUGAUGCACUGUGCAACGCAGCCUGGGCGAAAGCGAAGCGGUACGUGCUCUCGCCACUCACCGCCGCCCAGUUCAUCGUGGCAAAGAUGAGAGGAGCUCCCCAGCCGAAGCCGAAGCUCGGAGGGGUCUACAUGCUAGGCAGCUGUUCUCGCACCAUGGCCGGCGAGGAGUUCGGAACGAAGCACUUCAUCCUCGGUGAUUUCUUCGUGGUUGACACCGGUUCGAAGGUUCGCUUCGACGAGAACUUGAAUCUGAAGGAAGAUUACGACUUCAGUUGCUCACACAUCCGAGCUCAUGGGGGCGUCAUGCGCUGCAACCGCAUGACCCUGACGGUCAAGCACUACUCGAACAGUGGCGGUGCAUGCUCGAACCGGGACAAGAAGGGCAAGGAGGAGCAGCGCAACAUCGGCAUACUUAUGGACAAAUGGCCGCGGGCCCUACGAUUCAACCCCAAGCGCACCAACGAGGUCAUCAUGAGCUGGCCGGCAGAUGAUGAUGCCGAAGGCAAGCACCAUGAAAAGAGGAAGCCGAGCCAAAGGCCAGGCGCGGGCAAGCCGGGCAAGACCAAGGCCGUGGCGAAGAAGACGAAGGUGACACGGCCGAAGGCGCAUCAUCCCAGCAAUGCCAUCAUCCUGCAGACAGAAAAGAGCAAGGAGGCGAACAACGCACGAAUUAAGCCCUAUGUCGCCAGACGCUGUGGGCGAGUCAGCGGCAAGCGGGUCAGCGAGGUCCUCGGCCGACUGAAGUACACCACAGCAGAAGGAGAGACUCGAACGUACGUGACUAGCGACCUGAGCUACGAUCUUCAGCGGGGCUUUCUGAAGCUUAAGGCUUCGAAAUCUGGUUGA